UUGGUUACUGAUUGCCAAGGAUCAAGAGGGCAAUGUGAUGAAUCUGCUGUUACAGUUUAUACUUCCUGAUCAUUCUCUCUGACCAUCCAGCAAGGAUAUGCUCCUCUAAGAAUCACGAGUUUCUGCAUCUAAGACCUCACAUCAAGAUGCAGUACGGAGGGGCUCCCGGAGGGCCUGCGUUUCCCGGACAAACUCAGGAUCCGCUGUAUGGUUACUUUGCUGCUGUAGCUGGACAGGAUGGACAAAUAGACGCUGAUGAACUGCAAAGAUGCCUGACACAAUCGGGCAUUGCUGGAGGAUACAAACCUUUUAACCUGGAGACUUGCCGGCUUAUGGUUUCAAUGCUGGAUAGAGACAUGUCAGGCACAAUGGGUUUCAAUGAAUUUAAAGAACUCUGGGCUGUACUGAACGGCUGGAGACAACACUUUAUCAGUUUUGACAGUGAUAGGAGUGGAACAGUGGAUCCCCAAGAAUUGCAGAAGGCCCUGACAACAAUGGGAUUUAGGUUGAGUCCGCAGGCUGUGAAUUCAAUUGCAAAACGAUACAGUACCAAUGGAAAGAUCACCUUUGAUGAUUACAUCGCCUGUUGCGUCAAGCUGCGAGCUCUAACAGACAGCUUUCGAAGACGGGAUACUGCUCAGCAAGGUGUAGUGAAUUUCCCAUAUGAUGAUUUCAUCCAGUGUGUUAUGAGUGUUUAAAUCAGGAGCAAGCUGUAUGAACAUAAUCCACAUCCCGACUGGAGUUCUCCUCUGCUCUCUGCCCUCAGCAACUGUGUGCAGACUUACACAGCCACUUUUCCUUAGCAGCUCUUGUAAAGGUUUAUUACUUUAUGUAUAACUGAAGUUUUUUGUUUUGAUAAUAAAUGCUUUGAGAUGGUA